CUCGUGGCGACGCUGUCGCCGGACGUGACGGUCCGGCGCCAGGCCGAGGCCUACUUGGACAACUGCCGGCGGACGGCGGGGUUCCCCGUGCUCCUGCUCCAGCUGGUGCAGCAGCACUGCGGCGCGGCGCCGACGGCGCAGUCGCCCGUGCUCCGGUCGUCGGCGGCGGUCUACUUCAAGAAUCUGGUGAAGAAGGGCUGGGACGUGGACCCCGAGAGCAAGGAGACGCCCGUCGCGGCCGGCGACCGCGACGCCAUCAAGAGCCACAUGGUCACGCUCGUCUGCGCGUGCGGCAAGUUCGGGGACGUGAAGCAGCAGCUGUCGCAGGCGCUGACGCUCAUCGCGUCCACGGACUUCCCGGGCAAGUGGCCCAACCUCUUGCCGGAGAUCGUCGCGCGCUUCGCCGACGGCGACGCCGCGACGGUCCAGGGCAUGCUGCUGACGUCGAACUCGAUCCUCAAGCGCUUCCGCUACGCCUUCAAGUCCGACGCGCUCUACGCGGAGCUCAAGUACGCGCUCGACACGCUCGCGGCGCCGCUGACGCGGCUCUUCGGGACGCUGGGCGAGGAGCUGCGCGCCGCCGCGGGCGACGCGGCGCGGUCCGCGGUCGCGCUCGAGUCGCUGCGCCUCGCGUGCCGCGUCUUCUUCUCGCUGAACUGGCAGGACCUGCCCGAGUUCUUCGAGGACCACAUGGCCCCCUGGAUGGGCGCCUUCCAGGAGUUCCUCGCCUACGAGGCGCCGGGCGCGGCCGCCGACGACGAGGACGACGACGAGGGCCCCGUGGAGCGGCUCCAGGCCGCCGUCGUCGAGAACGCGAGCCUCUACGCGCACAAGUACGAGGAGGAGUUCCAGCCCCACCUGCCCCAGUUCGUGUCCGGCAUCUGGCAGCGGCUCAUGAAGACGUCGCUCUUCCCGAAGCACGACCGGCUGGCCGCGACGUCGAUGCGGUUCUUGGCCGAGGUCGUCGGGCAGCAGAUGCACGCGGCGCUCUUCGCGGACGAGUCGACGCUGCGCCAGGUCGUCGAGGCCAUCGUCAUCCCGAACAUGACGCUGCGCGAUUCCGACGUGGAACUCUUCGAGGACAACGCGGUCGAGUACAUCUCGCGGGAUCUCGAGUCCGCGGACAGCGAGACGCGGCGCCGCGGCGCGCGCGACCUCGUGCACGCCAUGUGCAAGCACCACGACGCGACCACCACCAAAAUCUGCGGCGAGCACGUCGCGGCCAUGCUCGGCCGCUACGGCGCGAGCCCCGGCACGGAGUGGCGCGCGAAGGACGCGGCGCUCCACCUCGUCGUGUCGCUCGCCGUCCGCGCGGAGUCGUCCGCGCGCGGCGUGUCGAAGAUGAGCGACCAGCUCGACAUCCUCGAGAUCUACAGCGCCCACGUCGCGCCGGAGCUCGGCGGCGCGACGGCGACGCACGGCGUGGUUCUGGCGGACUGCGUGCAGUUCGCGUGCACGUUCCGGAACCAGAUCCCCGGCGACGAGCUAUUACGUCUACUCCCGCUGCUCGGGGGCCACCUGGGCCACGGCGACGUCGUCGUCCAGUCCUACGCGGCCCACUGCCUCGAGCGCGUGCUCGCCGUGCCCGGCUAUUCGAAUGCCACGCAGGUGCCCGGGAAGAUCCACCGGCCGCAGCUCGCGCCGCUGCUGCCCGCGCUGUUCCAGGCGUUGUUCGCGGUCAUCGACGGCGCGCUGGCCAAGGGCGGCGACGCGCCCUGGGAGAACGAGUACGUCAUGAAGGCCGUCAUGCGCUUGCUGGUCGUGGGCCAGGCCGACGUCGUGCCCCACGCGGCCGUCGUGACGGAGAAGCUCUGCGCGUCGCUCGGCCGCGUCUGCGCGAACCCGCGGAACCCGAAGUUCAACCACUACCUCUUCGAGAGCUUGGCCGUGCUCGUGCGCGUCUGCUGCGAGGCGAACCGGGACGCGACGGCGACCUUCGAGGGCCUGCUCUUCCCGCCGUUCCAGUCCGUGCUCCAGAUGGACGUCGUGGAGUUCGCGCCCUACGUCUUCCAGAUAUUGGCGCUCCUGCUGGGCUACCGCGCGCCGCGGUCGGGUCUGGGGGACGCCUACGCGGCGCUCCUGCCGCCGCUGCUGCACCCGUCGCUCUGGGAGCGCCGGGGCAACGUGCCCGCGCUGGCGGCGCUGCUCGAGGCGUAUCUGGUCGCGGGGCCGGACCAGAUCCUCGCCGCGGGGCAGCUCGAGCCCAUGCUCGGCGUCUUCCAGAAGCUGCUGGCGUCCAAGGCGUCCGAGGGCCACGCCUUUGGGUUAUUGAAGUCGCUGGUGGUGCACGUGCCGCAAGCGAAUUUGGACGGCUACGUGCCGACGGUGCUGCAACUGCUGCUCACGCGGCUCCAGCAGAACCGGGACCGGUUGAGCUACUGCCACAACCUCCUCGCCUUCCUCGGGCUGCUCGCGGGCAAGCACGGCGCGCCGCAGCUCGUCGCGAAGCUCGACGCGCAGCAGCCCGGGCUCUUGCCGCAGCUGGUGGUCCACGUGCUCGCGCCGCACGUGCUCGGCGAGGCCGCGGCCUUCGCGAGCGCCGUCGACGCCAAGGCCGCGGCCGUCGGCGCCGUCAAGCUGUUGGCCGAGGCGCCGGACGCGCUGACGCCCAACGGCGACACGUCCGCGUGGUCCUGCCUCGGGUCCGUGCUCUUCGCUUUGCUCAAGCGGCUCGCGGGCGCGGCGCUCGCCGGCGACGCGACCAUCGACCGGUCCGACGACGUCCCCGACGAGCUCCUCGCGGGCUACGACGCGACCUUCUCGAAGCUCCACUUCGGCACGCAGAAGAGCGACGAC